GGUCUCCCUCAGUGCGGGUGCCAGCAUGUUCCUCGGCCAGGCACUCAGGGCAAGUCACCAUGCCACUUCCAUUUGUAAGGCAAAGGAUGCAAGUGCCGCUUUCCUUUUUUAAGAAGGUUUCCUUUGCUCGUCGCUCUUCCUCGCGAAGGCUCCUGUGUUUACUGCAGGGACACUUCCCUUGGGAUCCUUUCACGCCGACGGGUCAAAGAAGAGUCAUCCUCCUUUAAGUGCCAAGAAGAGGCCUUCUACCUUCUGGUGCAAGAAGACAUUGAACAAGAAUUGGAAGCUAAAGCUACCAAAGAAGUUGAAAGAAAACUAAGCAGGGAUUUAGUGCAAGAAGAGGAAGAACAGUUGAUGGAAGAAAGGAAAAAGAGAAAAGAAGACAAGAAAAAGAAGGAAGCUGCUCAAAAAAAGGCCAUUGAACAAAAAAUCAAAGUGCCAGAACAAACAAAGACCAGCGUAAGCCAGCCUCCGCCCGUCCCCUCUAACGGCACUUCCACAGCAACCAGCACUAAUAAUAAUGCCAAGCGGGCCACAGCCAGCAAUCAGCAGCAGCAGCAGACCUUGCCUCGAUACCCUCCUCGUGAAGUACCACCACGAUUUCGACACCAGGAACAGAAACAGCUUUUGAAGCGAGGUCAGCAGUUACCAGUGAUAGCUGCAAACCUGGGAUCCACUCCUAAAGUAUUAAACAGCCAAUCAGGAGGCAGCGCUGUCACAAGUAAACAGCCAGUGACCAACGGAGAAGUGCCGAACAGCAGCAGCAAAAAACAGUCAGGCAUGCCUCCCAUUCGGGACUUGGUCAGCCAUUCCCCUAACCAGUCAGAUCUGAACCACAGUGGUCUAGGAUCCCAUUAUGAAAAUUCUCACUGGGGACCUGUCUCUUCAAAUAAUGACUCCAGCACAAACUGGGAUAAAGUUAUCGUAGACGGUUCUGACAAAGUAGCAUGGCCAUCAAUCACAGGCAGUGACCCAGAGUUGGCUUCAGAAUGUAUGGACACUGACUCCGCCUCUAGCUCUGGGUCAGAGAGAAAUCUUGUUAUUAUGGCUUCAGGGAGCACAGGUGGUGAAAACGAUAGCGUUCGGAAUGGCAUUGGACAUGGUUCUCAAAAUAAGUUUGUGGUUGGUAGCAACAGCAAUAAUGUGGGCAAUGGAAGUAUUAAUGGGCCAUGGGGUUUAUCCCAUGGAACCAUAAUAAGCACAUGUCAAGUUUCUGUGGAUGCUCCUGACAGCAAAUCUGAAAGUAGCAACAAUAGAAUGAAUGCUUGGGGCACCAUAAACUCUUCAUCAAAUGGAGGGUUAAAUCCAAGCACUUUGAAUUCAAAUGGCAACCAUGGUGCCUGGCCUGUAUUGGAGAACAAUGGACAUGCCCUGAAAGGGUCUGUAGGGAGUGGUAAUUCUGGCACAAAUAUUCAGUGCAGUACCAUAGGUCAGAAGUCUAACAAUCAGAGUAUUAACUCUAAAGUGGGUGGUUCAGCCCAUGGUUCCUGGGCAAGCCUUCAGGAAAAUUGUGAUUCUGAAGUGAAUGGUACAAGGAAGGUUUCAUUCAGUGGACAACCUCAAAACCUUAACACUGAAAUGAAUGGACCAAAUAACACUACUAACUUUAUGACCUCUAGUUUACCAAACUCUGCUGGUUCAGUACAGAUUAACAAACUGCCUAAUAAUACAGGGCCUGGGGCCUGGCGUGUGAGCACAAUGAAUCAUUCUCAGAUUCAGGCCUCUCCAGUUACAAAUGGCACUUCCACUUCUCAUCUUAGCAAUGGUGAGGCAAAAAAUGGUGGAUCUUAUGGUACUACGUGGGUUGCCUAUGGUUCUAAUUACUCUGGAGACAAAUGUUCAGGCCCAAACAGCCAAGCUAAUGGUGACACUGUGAAUGCAACUCUAACGCAGCCUGGCAGCAGUGGGCCUGGCAGCACUAAUUUUCAAAUCAAUGGGAAUAAAGGAGGAGGGGUCUGGGAGGGAGGGACAGUCAACUCCCAAACUAUGCCAUGGGGAAGCGCAAAUGGUGCGAGUUCUGGAGGAAGUCGAAGAGGAUGGGGCAACCCUGCACAAAACACUGGCACUAGCAUUUCAAAUGGGGAAUGGAAUAAACUGCCUAGCAAUCCGCAUUCCAAUGAAAGCGUAAAUGGAAAUCGUAGGAAGUUUACAAAUGGAUGGAAAUCUGCUGAAGAGGAUGAUCUUAAUAGCCAGAAUUCUGCUGCAUCUCAGAUAACUGAGCAGAACAAUGUAUGGGCCAAAACAGGUACUGGGGAUAGCGAGGGUAGUACAGAGAGCACUGGAGGCCAUGAUGAUAAAGUAACUGCAGAAGGACAGAACCGGGAGAGAAGAAAAGUUGACCAGCAUGCAUUACUCCAAAGUAUAGUGAGCAGAACUGACUUAGAUCCACGUGUCCUUUCCAACUCUGGUUGGGGACAGACUCCAAUUAAACAAAACACUGCCUGGGAUACUGAAACAUCGCCAAGAGGUGAAAGAAAGACUGACAAUGGGACAGAGGCCUGGGGAGGCUCUGUGACACAGACUUCCAGCUCAGGGGGAUGUGUGGAGAGACCUAGCCCUAAUGCUAAUGAUACCUCAUCUAUAUCAGGGUGGGGAGAUCCAAAGUCUGCUACAAGGUGGGGAGACUCCAAAGGCUCCAACAGCCAAGGGGGGUGGGAAGAGGAUUCUGCUGCUACAGUAAUGGUCAAGAGCAAUCAAAUAUGGGUAAGUGGCAAAGAGGACAAGUCGUCCUGGAAUGAUACACAGAAGAUCAAACAGGGAUGGGCAGAUGGACAAAAAGCCAGCCAAGGUUGGGCAAUUUCUGCCAACGACAGCUGGGGAGAAAAUUCAAGAAGCAACCAUUGGGGUGAGGCUAAGAAAUCUAGUUCAGGAGGUAGUGACAGUGACAGAUCGGUAUCUGGUUGGAAUGAGUCUAAAUCAAAUUCUGUCACUUGGGGAAGUAGUAAUACAAACCCAAAUCCAUCUUCAGGAUGGGAUGAGCCUGCAAAAUCUAAUCAGAGCCAGGGCUGGGGAGAAACUCCCAAAUCAAAUCAGCCUCAAGGUUGGGGUGAUUCGUCAAAGCCAGUCAACUCCCCAGACUGGAACAAGCAGCAAGAUGUUGGCUCUUGGGGAGCACCAUCUACCACAAAUAAACCACCAGGUGCCGGGUGGUUGGGUGGACCAAUACCAAGUCCAGCAAAGGAAGAGGAACCCACAGGAUGGGAGGAGCCAUCCCCAGAAUCAAUACGCCGUAAAAUGGAAAUUGAUGAUGGAACUUCUGCUUGGGGUGAUCCAAGCAAAUACAACUACAAAAAUGUGAAUAUGUGGAAUAAAAAUGUCCCAAACAGUAGCAGCAGUUCAGACCAGCAAGCACAGGUACAUCAGCAGCUACUGCCUUCAAGUGCCAUGUCCAACAAGGAGAGCAGUAAUGGUUCUGGUUGGGGAGAGCCUUCUACUCCUGCCACUACUGUAGAUAAUGGAACGUCCGCGUGGGGUAAACCCCUGGAUACUGGUACUAGCUGGGGAGAGCCCAUCAGUGAUGCAGCAGGCACCUCUGGCUGGGGAAAUGCUUCUGUUGGUCAGCAGGCUUCAAGUAAACCUGAUUAUGGCAGAAUAUCAGGGCCUAAAUCUAUGCAAGAUGGUUGGUGCGGUGAUGAUAUGUCAUUGCCAGGGAGUCGGCAGACCAGCUGGGAGGAAGAUGAUGAAGUAGAGAUUGGAAUGUGGAAUAGCAGUUCCUCCCAAGAAGUUAACCCAUCUUUGAAUUGGCCACCAUACAUGAAAAAAAUGCCUACAAAGGGAACAAUGAAAGGUGGAAAUAAACAAGAUGAAACAUGGAUAAAUCCAUUCAUUAAGCAAUUCACAAAUCUCAGUUUUUCAGUAAGUAUGAGAGAAUCACCAGAAGAAACCAUACCGAGCAAUAAGAUGGACAUGUCUGGAGGAAUAUUACAGGAGAAACGAAUAGAGUUGGAUAAGCAUGGCCUGAACGUUGGAGAUUACAAUCGGGUGGUAGGAAAGGGCCCUGGUUCUCGUCCUCAGAUUUCCAAAGAGUCUUCCAUGGAUCGCAGUCCUUAUUUUGAUAAGGAUGGCAUUGUAGCAGACGAGUCCCAAAACAUGCAGUUUAUUUCCAAUCAAAACAUGAAGCUUCCCCCUUCAAAUAGUGCACUACCUAACCAAGCCCUUGGCUCCCUAGCAGGGCUGGGUAUGCAAAACUUGAAUUCUGUUAGACAGAAUGGCAAUCCCAGUGUGUUUGGCGUUGGUAAUAUAGCAGCACAGCCCAGGAGCAUGCAGCAGCCCCCAGCACAACCUCUUAAUUCAUCCCAGCCUAACUCACGUGCUCAAGUGCCUCCUCCGUUACUCUCCCCUCAGGUUCCAGUAUCAUUACUGAAGUAUGCACCAAACAAUGGUGGCCUGAGUCCACUUUUUGGCCCACAGCAGGUAGCCAUGUUGAACCAACUAUCCCAGUUGAACCAGCUUUCUCAGAUCUCCCAGUUACAACGGUUGUUGGCUCAGCAGCAAAAAGCGCAGAAUCAGAGAAGCAUGCCUUCUACUGGUCGUCAACAGCAGGAACAGCAGGGUCGAUCUCUUAGUAUGCAGCAACAGAUGAUGCAACAGUCCCGUCAGCUUGAUCCAAACCUGUUAAUGAAGCAGCAGACUCCACCAUCUCAACAGCAGCCACUCCAUCAGCCUGCCAUGAAAUCUUUCCUUGAGAAUGUCAUACCCCAUGCUACUCCUGAGCUGCAGAAAGGGCCAUCACCGAUAAAUGCAUUCAGCAGCUUCCCUAUAGGAAAGAAGUUCGCCAGUCAAACUCAUACCAUUUCCAAAGGCUUUUAUCCCAUUUCCACUUCAGAAAUUCCAGGAAUGAACUCAAACUUGAAUGUAAACAUGGAUAUGAGCAGUAUUAAGGAGCCGCAAUCACGACUGAGGAAAUGGACAACGGUGGACAGCAUUUCUGUUAACACCUCAUUGGAUCAAAACUCCAGCAAACAUGGUGCUAUUUCAAGUGGUUUUAGGCUGGAAGAUUC